AUGGGAUUUUUAUCAAAACUCUGGAGACUCGGGAAACCUGAUUUCAAACCAUCUCAUGACAAAUUCGAGUACACCAAAUGGAAUAAAGACCAGCUAAUCAAGAGAAUCAUUGACUUGGAGGGCGAAAGAAAGCGGAAGGCAGAUGAAGAGGGUGUGGAUAAUGACAUACCAGCAAUUAAAAGACGCAAAUCCAGUAAGGGCGAACUGAGGAAACGAAAGAAAAAGGAUAAGCCUUUUGACUAUUCAAAGUAUAAUACAAGAUUUGUUGCCCUCAAAUUUGCAUAUCUAGGGUGGAACUACAAUGGUCUCGCAAUACAAAAAGAGCCAACUCCCUUACCUACAGUGGAAGGCACUAUCUUACAAGCAAUGAACGCUUGUAAAUUAGUGCCGUCUAUGACACCGCAGGAGUUCAACUUCAGUAGGUGUGGAAGGACCGACAAGGGAGUCAGUGCUAUGAAUCAAGUCAUAUCUCUCAGAGUAAGGUCUAACUUGACCAAUGAGCAGCAGCUGGAAAAGAGCUUCGACAGCAAAGAAAUAAACUACGUCCACAUUCUAAAUCAGAUACUUCCCGACGAUAUUCGCGUUUCAGCGGUGUGUCUGCGGCCACCAAAAGGCUUCGAUGCUAGAUUUAGUUGCCAAAAUCGCCACUACCGGUAUCUUUUUAGCAGCUUUGGUCUUGACAUUGAAAAAAUGAAGGAGGCGGCAUCUUUGUAUGAAGGAGAGCAUGACUUUAGAAAUUUCUGCAAGCUUGAUGGCUCGAAGCAGAUUACUAAUUACAGAAGGACGAUAGAACGGUCGUCGAUAUUAAAGUUAGAUGAUGGCAUGCUCUGCUUUGAUUUGGUUGGUUCAGCUUUUUUGUGGCAUCAAGUGCGUUGCAUGAUGGCAAACCUCUUUCUUGUAGGCCAAGGCUUGGAGAACGUUUCCCUAAUAAGCGACAUGCUGAAUGUGCAGAAGGUGACAAAGAAGCCUAUAUAUGACAUGGCAAGUGACGUCCCUCUGGUCCUUUACGACUGCAGCUUUUCGGGAUUAGAAUGGUCCGCUAAUGAUCUCAGUGAUUUCAAAUCUUUGCAGUCCAACAGAAGAGUUUUUUCUCUUGCGUUAGAUUAUAAGAUGAAAUCCGCUAUCGCUAACAUUUUCGCAGACAUCCUGUCUGUCGAUCAAACCGAUUUAGGCGGAAGAACAAGAAUCAAUCUAGGCGAUGGUAAGGGAAAAGUGGUCACAACCUAUGAAAAAAUGCUACAAAGGAAGGUUAUGGACUCCGUAGAGACUGUCAACAAAAAAUUCAAGAGAAGAAAGACGCCCAAGUCGGAAGUUUGA